GUCGACGAGCCUUGGGCGGGUUCUGCCUUGCAUACAACAGAGUAUCUGCGUGGGCAAGUGCAGCGAACAAAACUCGACGCUACCCAGCCAGCCGUUCCACCACUCAUUUCUCCUGUCUACUGUCCUUUGUCGCUCCACAACCCACAUCUGCUAUGGCAUACGCUCAGCCGUUCCCCCUCGCUCAGCCUCCUCAGAAGGCCCUGCAGCAGACUUUCGGCCCUGAUCUCGCUGUCCGCCUCAUCUGCCCUGAAUGCAGAGAUCCCAAUCCGAACAUUGUCGAGGAAUUUAGCAGCGGGGACCUCGUAUGUGGCACUUGUGGGCUAGUGCUGGGCGACAGGAUCGUCGACACGAGAAGUGAGUGGCGGACGUUCGCGAACGACGAGGGUGACGACCCGUCCCGUGUUGGUGCGGCGUCUGAUCCCCUCAUGGAAGGGAUAGAGCAGCUGGACACUACCAUCUCCUUCAAAGACGGUGGCUCCGGCUUGGCGCGAGAGCUGCAGCGCGCAGCCUCUCGUGCGAACUCUUCGCGUUCAGAGCGCAAUCUUUUGCAGGCGUUCCGGGACAUCUCGAACUGGUGCGACCAAUUCUCCCUCCCGAAAACCAUCUCCGAUAUCGCGAAGCAGCUGUACAAGCGGUCGGAUGAGGAGAAAUUGCUCCGCGGCAAGCCUCUUGAGGCAGUGAUCGCAGCCUGUAUCUUUAUCGCUUGUCGACAAGCGCAUGUUCCCCGUACGUUCCGCGAGAUCUGCAACCUCACCCACGUCAGCAAGAAGGUCCUGGGACAGUGCUACAAAGCACUCGAGCAGGCGUUCAACCUGACCCCCGGCGCGUCCCAGGACCGCCAUGCGAUCACCCCCAGCGGUACCACCGGUGCGGAGGACCUGCUGGUGCGCUACUGCAAUCACCUCGCGUUGCCUCCGAAUUUCCAGCCGAUUUGCGCGGAUAUCAUCGUCAAGGCUCGCGAACUGGGUAUUGCGGAUGGCCGAUCGCCCGUGUCUAUCGCGGGUGGCGCCAUCUACUUCACGUGCUACUUGCUUGACAAGCCGAAGACCGUGCGCGAGAUCAGCACGGUCGCAGGUGUCAGCGAGGGCACGAUCAAGCUUGUCUACAAGCUCUAUUAUGCGGAGAAGGAGAAGUUGGUGAAGGAGGAGUGGAUUAAGGAUGGAAAGGCGAAGCUGGAUAGGCUGCCAGUUGAGAGCAGUUCAAAGUGAGGAUUCUCGCGAUGGAGAGGACCGGAGGACCACGGACGCUGUUACUAUACAGUAUAUAGCUCAUGGAAAACCCGUAAUAUGCGACACCCGCUGUAUGUAUCAUAUUAUGCGAAAAUGACAAACAGGUUAUCACCGACUUCCAGAGCAGCAUCAAAAAGCUAGCGACCGAGAUGGAGAUGUAUGGUGAACCACACAGUCGACACAAAGUGAUGAUACCAUAUGCGAGGGACUACGCUACCGUUUGCCCUUCUUGCCCUUACCACCUUUACUGGCCCCUUCCCUAGCUAGCGCUGCACUGCCCUUACCCUUGCUCGCUGACCGGAUAGCCUUCCUAACGUUGAGGACAUCACCGGAUGAGUCCGAAGAUUUCUUCGACUUCUUUGCCAUGGGCUCCUUGUCAAGUUUUGAGAUAAUGGCAAGGUUUUGUGACUUCUCCUUCGACGCAGAUGUCUCUGUAGGCUCGAACUGCAAAACAUACGUCGCACAGUAUCGACAAGGGGCUAAGGGUAUGAUCAGCCGUCCGGCUUACCUUUCGCUUGACACCCUUCAACGGCUUCUCGCCAUCCAACUUGCGGUCGAACUUCCCCAAACUCGCCGUGCUUGUCCGAGUGACCGCGAGCGUCCGAUCAAUUGUCUUCUUCCGAUCGUCCGAACUGGAGCCCGCCGCCGCCGCCCGCGCGAGGUUCGCAGAGCGCUGCUUCUCGUUCUUCGCGACGCGGGCCUUGCGCUCGUCACGCGCGGCUUUUGCGGGGUCAAAGUCCACAUCGGCAUUCGCAGGGACCUCGGUAAGCCAUUGAACCUCCUUGUCCUUGUUCGCGCCCUUCCAACCCCAACGGUCGACCCACUCCUGCUUCUCCUCGUUCCAGACCUUUUUGUCCCUCCGCUUCUUCUGAAUACCCUUUGCCUUCGCAAAUUGCUCCCAUUUGGUUGGAGGCUUGGGUUUGGGUAGAGGCUUCGCGCGGGGUAAUUGUGUUGUUGGCGGGGGGAGCUGCGCUAACGGCCCAUCGUCGGUAGAUAUCGUGGGCAAGGAGAAGAGAGAGGCGAUGAGGGUUUGUACACCGUCUCGCGCAGUAGACAUGAGAUACUCUUCGAGAUCGGCUUCAUAGCUUUCGGUAUCUAUUGGGUUGAGGUCGGUGACUGUUAGGAAACCGGCAUCGACCUCGAGCGGGAUGUCUUUCUCGACGAGGACUGCUUUUUGCUUUGCUUGAUGGGCAGCGAGAAUGUCAGAGACGUCCAUGGCACGCGCGAGCUUGGUCGGUGCAAUGGUG